GUUUUGCUUCUUCUUUGUGGAAUAGUUAGGUUUGUAAAUAGUCAGAACUGCUUCGAUGCUGCAAUACAACAUGACAAGUACAUGGAACAUCAGGCGUUCAGGAAGCUCGGGAGUCCGUCUCUGUAUGACUGUGCGUCUGAAUGCCUUGCGUCCUCUGUAUGUCUCUCCUUUGGUUUUGAACACAAGACACGUACAUGCCUUCUAAACAGAAACAGCAGUGCUCGUGUAAGCAUUUCUCCAAGAUCUGGGUUCGACUUCAGUGAUAUCCAACACUGGCCCAAGACUCUCGCUGGUCCCUGUUUAGGAAUGUCAUGUCCCCUGACCACCAGCUGUCAAGUAGAUCGACAUGGCCGUGCAAGUUGUGUUUCAGAGUUUCGGGGCUGCGGGCAUCCUCCUGAUGUAUCCGGGGCCAGCGUGACCCAUGACGGACUCUACCAGGGUGCUGUGGCAAGGUAUUCAUGCAAGAAGGACUACAUCUUCUGUCAUCAGAGAAACACCAGUGUCUGUCAAGCCUCUGGACAGUGGGAGAAUGUGGCAAGUCUCUGCGGAAAGUUCAGAUGGAGGAAUCCGAGUUUGGACAACCUGUAUGAUCUGCCAUGUGGACCACAAAGCAAGUUCAAUGUCGUUGUCUUGGCUACUCCAACCACAGCUUUCAGGUGUUCCGUGGCGCUGGAGGCAGGUGAGGACGUGACGUUGCUUUCAGAAUUCAGAUUUAACUUUGGAUUGAAAAGGAACGUGACAGUUAUCAACAGCAAGUUUCACCAUCGUUGGGGUAUUGAGGAGAUACGACCGCUUCCUUUAACUGUAGGAAAGGAAUCUGAGAUCCAAAUAUCUCUGAAUGACGGAGAGUAUAAGCUUGUGGUGGAUGGUGUUGUUGUGAUCAACUUUCCUGAGAGACUCCCGGGGAAACAGCCUAACCGCAUACAUCUGAAAUAUGACUUCAUUGUACGUUUAAUGGAAAUCUCAAUCUGAUUCACAAGGACCAAGAAAGAUACACACACUUGAUGCAUACAUGUAGGUCUAUAGCUUUGGAUC